CAGAGAGGACUUGGAGCCACUUCUCGUUUCUCGUCAGACCGUUUUUGAAAGCAUGCAAUGCGCUGCGACAGAUAGAGCAGAACGACAAUGAAGAGGUUAACCACACCUUUAAAAGCGGACAUCUCUUCAGUAGCCUCUUGACCAACUUCGUUGCGCAUUAAGAUGCGCCCCAGAGAAGAGGAGUUGGAUGAGGAACUUUUUGCGCUCUUGUUGACAGACAGUUUCCAGUGAGCUUUUGCUGAGCGUACCGUCAGAAAACGAGAACCUCCUAUGCAUUUAAGAAGUCAUCCAACUCGGUGUUGGCUGAGCUCGUCAGUAAUUUAAAUUUUGCUGUGGAAUCUCCUCGAGGAUUUGCUGCGUUCACCAUGACGGUUCGUCUAUCGCGGAUCCAGCUGGCCCUGUUCUUUAUCUUGCUCUGUCCGGUCAAUAUCAUCGGACUCUGGUGGGCGGUAGGCAGUCCGCUGGUGAUGGACCCCAACAGCAUUUGCAGGAAAGCGAAGCGUCUGGCGGGAAAGCAGGCUGAGCUGUGCCAGACUCAGCCAGAGAUUGUCAGUGAGGUGGCCAAAGGAGCCAGGCUGGGCAUCAGGGAGUGCCAGUACCAGUUCAGGUACCGCCGCUGGAACUGCACUAGCCACAACAAGUACUUUGGCAAAAUACUGCAGCAAGAUAUCCGGGAGACAGCGUUUGUUUAUGCCAUCACGGCGGCUGGUGUGACCCACGCCGUAACCCAGGCCUGCAGUAUGGGAGACCUCCUACAGUGUGGCUGUGAGGCGACCAGGAACAGAGCACCUCCAAGGCCGUCUUCAUCCUCCCCCUCUGGGGAUGGAGUCAAGUGGGAGUGGGGAGGCUGCGGAGAUGAUGUGGAAUUUGGGUAUGAAAAGUCGAAACAGUUUAUGGACGCCAAGAGGAGAAGGGGCAAGAGUGACAUUAGGACGCUCAUUGACCUGCACAACAACGAGGCUGGGCGGCUGGCGGUGAAGCUCUACAUGCGGACAGAGUGCAAGUGCCACGGCCUGUCAGGGUCAUGCACUCUGCGCACAUGCUGGAAGAAGAUGCCUCAUUUCCGUGAGGUGGGCGACCGCCUGCUGGAGCGCUUCAACGGCGCUUCCAAGGUGAUGGGAGGCAACGAUGGCAAGACCCUGAUCCCUGUUGGCCAGAACAUAAAGCCACCAGAUAAGCAGGAUCUGAUAUACUCUGACGAGUCGCCCGAUUUCUGCCUUGCAAAUCGGAAAACUGGCUCACUGGGGACACGGGGGCGCAUGUGCAACAGCACAGCCAUGGACAUCAGUGGCUGCGACCUGCUUUGCUGCGAGCGCGGCUACCGGGAGGAAACAGUGGUGUUAGAGGAGAACUGUCUGUGUCGUUUCCACUGGUGUUGUGUGGUCCAGUGCAAGAAAUGCUUGGUCCGAAAAGAACUUAGUCUCUGUCACUGAUGAACUGAUGAACUGAGGUUGACAGCAGUCAAUAUGACUUGGUUACUUCUGUUACUUUUUGAGGUUUUUGCUUUUGUUUGGCUUGUGUGAAAGAAGAAUAGGGUUUGGACUUUUAUGGUAAUCCUUUUGUUUCAGUUUUUGCACCAGUCACAUUCAGAUAAUGCCCCAAAAAUGUUCAUUUUAAAUAAUAUUUAAUCUCAGCUCUGGCUGGUUUGGUUCCCAGGAAUUUUGACAAACAUCAGAGUUGCUGGCCAAAGGUUCAAAAGGUACAGAAAGUAAAUGCAACCAUAUGGAAACAAUGGUAGGGCGGGGACUAAAAUAGGUCAAAUAGAGAAAUGUUUCUUUCUGUACUACCUAUUUUUCUCGUUUUUUUUGUUUAUGAAAAGGACCAAAGAAUGUGAAAAUGUCUAUUUUCCAUCUCAAUGAAAGAGGAGGACCUAGGCAUGGAGGUUUCUUAUUAGGCUACGUUCAGACUGCAGGCAAAAGUGGGUCAAAUCAGAUUUUUGGGGGGUCAAGUGACCAGGUCACAGAUUCAGUCAGAGGGUCGCCCCGUGAACUAUGCCUGGGAAGGGCGAAGCCAGAGGAAACUCUGGUGGCCCGUAGCGGUCCUGACGUGUAAAUCGGUCGUCCGGUCGCACAGACCUCUGUAGUGACUUUGCAGCCAUAAUCCCGCAAAAAGGCCAAAAUAGGCAAUUUGGUUCUCUUUCUCUUCAUUCUUCUCCUUCUCAGCACCUGCUCAUUAAUGUACAGCUGCCAUUACACAAACAUUUUGAAAUAAAAGCAAAAAU